ACGACAUAUUUUAAUUUGCAGGUGCUUGAACAUGGAGGCAAAGGCUCUGGUAUUCCUGUUGGUUGUUAUAGCCUCAUUCUGCGCUAAUGCCCAGGCACAGGAAAGAAGGGAUUGGCUGGAUAAUUCAAGAAGGAUCGUCGAUGGAGAUGAUGUGAACAGAAUGAGGAGAACAUUUCAUGAAGAAUUGAUGGGAGGAAUUCUGCAUGGCCGCAUACGGAGAUCCCCGAACGACAAGAGAGGCAGCGUUGUUUUGUCGGGCACCAGAACGGAGGGUCAGUUCGGAAGACCUUCUCAGAGUUCGGUGAGAGGCGACUACAACCACAACUUGUGGCGAGGCAAGAACGGAGCCACUGUCGACGCCAAUGCCUUCUACCAGCGAAACAGGGGCGGUGGACCCAAACAGGAUUAUGGUGGUGGAAUCAGGGCAUCAAUUCCCUUUGGUAGGCGAUAGAGAAAUGAUAGGAUGAUUGAGAGAGGGGGAUAUAUUCAGCAAUUUUCUUCAUAAAUAAACAAAAUGUAUGGUAUUUUUUAAUUUGUUAGAUAAUCAAAGUAUUUAUUUGUAAGUUAGUUUAAUCAAAACGACUGAUUAGAUUAUUAAAAUCAAAA